CUGAGGAUAAUAAGACCAAGAGGCUGUUAGCAGAAGAAAGCGAAACUGCAUCCAACAUCAGGACCAGACGCGGACACCCUUUGACGACGUGAGGAGCUAGCUGAGCUGAGCUGAACUGAGGCUGAAUUACAGUAGUAAGUGACGCAUGGCAGAAAGACACGACCAGGCGUCACCGUCAGAAAGGAAGGGAAGGGAAGGGGAGGCUCACACAUUUCCUCACCGAGAAGGAAAAGCAGAAGAACGUGAGCGAAAUAAUUUGCUGUCACCUCAACGAUCUGCAGUAAAAACUUCAGCAACCUUCAUAAUACAUUCGAAGAUUCGUGCCUCGUAGCAGACCGACCAUAAUCAUGUAUAUUGCCCACCGUCAUCACCGUUGUAUCACUACCUACAGAGCAGGUCGGGAGGUGGCAUGCCGCACCGGAAUCGCUUGCAGCAGGAGGAGGAGUACAUGUACGAGGUGCAGGUGCAGAUCAGAGCCAUAAGCACAGACAGGAGCAGAAGAAGCAGCAGCUGUAAUGUGACAGGGUUAAGAAGGCGAGCUGGGAAAGGAGGGUUGACUCGCGGUGAUGGUGAUGUGCACUAAUUCACGUAAAUUUAGGGCUAGGACGAGGGCCAAUAAGAAAGGCUGAACUGCAGAUUGCAGCCAUUAUACGUCACAACAGACAAGCACAGAAGAGAGUACAGUGUGGAGUAUAGCAGACGCGAGGGAGGGAGGGAGGGAGGGAAAGAGGGCCGAGAGCAAGGAGACUGAGGAGUUGAUUGAUAGCUGCGCUGCCCUGCCUCUGGCCCGCUUUGGCUAGUCUUAGUUGGGCGUGGCCUGCCCAUGCAUUGCAAUCUUUUGAGACCCAGAGGGCACGAGAACGUGAAGGAGAAGGGGAGGGAGAAUGCAGAGUUGACAGACAUGGAUCCCGAGAAGCUCAAUAACAACAUCGCCUCCACCGCGCCCCAGAAGCUGCAUACUUCCUCGGGAAAAUUGUCUAGAGCGUCCAGCGGACCCACGAAAGGAAUCGUCCUCAGUCGUGAAUGAGAGCACCGGCGAAGACCUUCGAGUAUUGCCAAGAGACGGAGAUAUCUCAAAUGUAAAUGUCAGCUAUGUAACAAAUCGGGCAAGAACGCGUUUUCAUCGGUCGAUACUAGAGUCUCCGGGUCGAAUUUUGAGUAGACAUGACUUGUCCACGUCCAACGCGCCUCUUUUGAAACGAUGGAUCGGAAUUGUCGUGCCAGGUUGUCCAACAUGUUUACUUCUCAAUUUUGGUCUCAGUAUUCUCGGUUACACUCGAACACUCACUAAUCAGCUUUUAAAAUGUGCAGCGAUGCUGCGAAUGAAGCUGCCGAGUACUCUGCGAAGUAUAGAAUGUACGAGCGGGACUAUCUCCGCCGCAUUAAUCACAAGUACUUCUCAGGGAAGAAUUUGGCCGGAACAGGUCGUGUCUUUGAGACGGUUACCACAGUUGAUGGUUUUACCGUGAAAGAAAGCAGGGAACCACCAAUCAAGAGAUUUCUGGAACUUCCAAGCUCUUCAGAGGAGCACUUGAAGUCGGGAGCACCAUCUUCUGCGAAAAAGUCUUCCACGCGAAAGAGUUGAGUUCACUGCAUAGACAUGCGUCGACACCGUGUACAUCCUCGACCGAUGUUUGUCACAGAGACGGUUCCUUCGGGUUGGAAAUCGCUGCAUGACCGUGGUAGGUCUUCGCCGUUUUAUACACUGCUCCAUACGACCACCAGUACACUCCCGAGUUUAACACCAUAUCUACCUUAAUUCCUCGUGAGGAAGAUUUUGCAAUCCUCGGUCGGUGACUGUCAGUGAACAGCAUAUGCACGAGGGACCACAGGCUGACAGGUCCAAAGAGGAUAAUCUAGCUGUCGUGACGGAGCUCUAUUGGCCUCGAUUAUGAAAUGCAUGACAAGGAGACGAGGACGACACAUGAGUCGUACAUCGUAUGAAAACAUUCAAUCUGUUCUGAAUCCUCUUGGUUAUGGAAUCACACCUAGGACCAGAGAACAUUAACAACCAAGACUUUCACGAGGAGUAGACAGGGCAGGAGCUGCAGGUGCCUUCUACAUCUAUUAGCGAGGAAGGCUGAGAAGGAUAAAGAACUUAGCGACAUCAGAUGUAGACAGAUGGAGUUCACGAAUCCAGUGAAAUUGCAUGAUUAAACGCAGUGGGUUGAUUACUGUACGGAUAUGUGAAGGGUAGUGCUGUAAAGACAAGUAUAUGGCCGUAUUUCUGACUACCGUGUGGAAGAAUUUUCCACAUCUGCUUCUUGCGACAUUGGUGACAGAUGUUGGUGGGCGAGAGGUCGAAAGAGGAAAAUGCGAAGCGUAUAUGUUGCCAUAAAUGGCCAUCCUUUACAGCUGAAUGGUGACAGAAGAGUGAAAUUCUUUCUUUUCACUGCGAUCAUGAGCGUUUCCUUGGUGAUACUCAGUCGCAGUAUAUGACAUGCAAGCUUGUGAGGAGUCAUGUGCUUAGGUGAUAUACUCCGUUAUUCUCCACUCCUGAUUCAUCCAGAUAACGCUGUACACCGAUGUCUCACCCUGUGUCAUAAUAUACAUAAAGAAAUCGCACACGCUUGCCACUUCCACGCACGA